CCGCCCUCUCAGCACGGCGCAUCCCUUCUGCUGGACGAAGUGCGACCAUUUUGCAGGGGGGAGCGGCGAGUGGUGGCGAUUGACGGUGUAAGGAGGCCAGGUCUGUUGCGCGGGGCGGCCGCCUGAGUCGCUGGGCCCGGGGACCAACGGCCCCGCGGGAAGUCGAGCGAGGCCUCCUCGGACUCACCUCGCCUAUUUCGUCUCCUUAGUUGAUAGCGCCCGCCUCGAUUUAAUCGGCCAAGAUGUCCAGGCCCGUCAGGAACAGAAAGGUGGUGGACUACUCACAGUUUCAGGAAUCAGAUGAUGCAGAUGAAGAAUAUGGAAGAGAUUCAGCUCCUCCAACCAAAAAAAUCCGCUCAUCACCACGGGAAGCAAAAAAUAAGAGGCGGCCUGGAAAGAAUUCUCAGGAGGACAGUGAGGACUCCGAAAAAGACAUGAAGACAAAAAGAGACGAUUCACAUUCAGCAGAUGAAGAUUUUGGCAGUGAGGAUGAUUUAGGAGCAGAUGAUGGCAAAGCUGAUAGUGAUUAUGAGAGUUCUCAAAAGAACAAAAAAGGGAAAAAAGCCAAACCUGACAAGAACAAACGAGCACCUUCCAAAUCCAGGAAAAGAGCUGCAGAUGACAGUGAGGAUGAGAAAGAAGACCACAAAAACGUGCGUCAGCAGAGACAGGCAGCAUCCAAAGCUGCUUCCAAGCAACGGGAAAUGCUCAUGGAUGAUGUGGGCAGUGAAGAGGAAGAGGAGGAGGAGGAGGAGGCAUCAUUCCAGGAAAAAGAUUCUGGCAGCGAUGAAGACUUCCUUGUGGAAGAUGAUGAUGAUAGUGACUAUGGCAGUUCAAAAAAGAAGAACAAAAAAGUGGCUAAGAAAUCCAAACCAGAAAGGAAAGAAAAGAAAAUGCCUAGGCCCAGGCUAAAGGCUACAGUUACGCCAAGUCCAGUGAAAGGCAAAGGGAAGAUAGGUCGUCCCUCAGCUUCAAAGACAUCAAAAGAAAAAACCCCAUCUCCAAAGGAUGAGGAUGAAGAGCCUGAAAGUCCUCCAGGAAAGAAGAAAUCAAUUAGUCCUCCUCCAGAGAAGUCUGGGGAUGAAGGGUCCGAAGAUGAAGUCCCCUCUGGUGAAGAUUAAAUGGUGGUGUGGGAAAGAAACUUUUUUUGGAAGAGGAAGGAAAAGAGGAUAUACUUAGGGGUAGAACAUGGUUUUGGUUGUGGCUUGACUCAUGGGCUGUGAAUGCCACCUUUACUUUAGCUGUUUUAAUAGUACAGUAUUUUCUUUUCUUUUUUUAAAGAGAAUCCUUACACAAUAAUGUUUUGAUGUCACAGUCUCUACAGGCCAUUCCAUUCUCCCCAACCAAAUCUGAAAGCCAUUUAGACUUAAUUUAACAGCUUACUAAAGAUUAUAUUUUUGGAGGCUUACUGCAGUUGUAAAGCAAUAAGAUUGAUGCUGUCACUUGGAGAUCAUCACUAACAAAAUAGAAUAGGUGUUCAAAAGCUGAGAAAGUUCUUCUAAGGCAACUAUUGCUUAAUUGAAUCCAAAAUGCAUAUUAUUGCGUAUAGCAUUUCUGAUUAAGAAAAUUCAUCCUUAAUGAAUAACUUUUAUUAUUUGAAAUUCCAUCAAGGGUUCUUGAAGUUCCAAUAUUCUGAAUGUUGGGUUCCACAAUUCUAUUUUUAAUAGCCAAGAUAAUUUGAAUGACUAUGUGGCCUGUUAAGUAUUUAAGUCUUUAGAGUUAGAAAAGAGCCUACCUGUUCACACUGUGGUAUCUUUUUUUCUGGUUAGGUUAGUGUUCUGUCUGGCCAAAUAGCAUUCAUUUUCUUCUGAUACUUGUUAAUUUUGAAACUCCUGUUUUUUAUGCUUUUAAAAUAUCUUCAUAAAAAUUAAAAUUUGGAUAUGGGAAGAUUCCUAAAACAACCAUCCAAUGAGUCAUGGCUGAAAUGUUUCUUUUCCCUUUUAUCCUCCAUAGGUAAACUACACAGCUUCCAUCAAGAGGUGAUAUAAUUUGCCCUUACCCAUUGCUUAGCGCUUAGUUUCUGCUCCUUACAGUGUGGAUUGCAGUUCAUGCUUCUCCACUGCCAGGUCUUGCAUACCUAGGCUAAGUAAGGAACAGGGUGAAACUAGAUGAGAUAGGAGAUGAAGGCCUUAACAGUAUAGUAAAAUUGUGGCACAUCACAAAACUAGGAUAUCCUGCCAAUGUACAGUACAUUUCAAAGUGGGUGAGUGCUGUCAUUUAGAUGACCUCUAAAUGAUUUGCUACUGCCAGUUUAAACACAAGUUGAAUUUUGCCCUUUUGUCCUAGAUAAAGGAAUUGCAGUAUUUACUAUAAAUUGGGAGUGCCACCAGCUUUGUUUUUCAUGUUGUACAAUCAUAAUAUACACCCUCAACCAAUCACAACUGAACAAAUUGAAAGUGAGCGAUAGUCUUGUGAAGGCAGAUUCUUUGACUUCUCCUACAUGUUCUCUGUGAUUAAAAACCAAGUAGAUUCUGUUCACCAGUGUAGUCUUCAAAGAACAUGCCUGCCUGGGUAGUAUUGGAAAGCCAAAGCAAAGAAUGCAAAAGCAAUGAAUUACCACGACUGUGUUUUCACAGUGGUGGCAUGGGUAUGUGUUUUCAGCAGCUCAGUUCAUGUCUCCAUGAUUUUCUCUGUAAAUCGGUUUGGAAGUUUAGCUAAGCAGUACAGGUUCACUCUGCUUGAAGUGUCCAUUUUGAUCAACAUGUUGUCUUAAGUAUUUUCAAUCCUAAAAAAGUGGAAAUACUCUGUUCUUUCCUGGGUUGAAAUCUAGUCAAAUAGUAAAUCUGGACAAUUUAUCCAAAGUCCAAAAGUUAUCUAUCAGGAUAUUCUGAGCAUGAAAAUUAUAGUUCUCUAUUUGGCAUGUUCAGUCCUUAAUAGUUAUAUCUCAUAUAAUACUUUAUGAUCUCAUUUUGUUUGGGUACUCCAAAUGUGCAGGUUUCAGAGUGAUUACUCAUGGAAUCUGAACGUAGCUGAUUUAACUGCUGAUUUAUAAUUGUUCCAAAGAAUGUGCUGCUUUUUUUUCUUUAACAAAUAUAACUAUGUACAGACUAAUAAGCAUUCGGAAAGCCAUUGAGAUUUCCCCACUUAUUCUCACUUCACUUAAGUAUUUAAACCAGUGAUACAGUAUAUGUGCCUGAUAUCAUGUACAGGUUACUUGUACACUGGAUCUCAGAACAUAAACUCUCUUCCCAUUCUUUCUAAUUGCCGUUGUGUAUGUCCCCAUAGAAACAAAACUCUUAGGAACCUCUGCAAAUUCUAAAUUUUCAUAUAGUUAAUAAAUGAUUGCUCUCCCCCCCUAGACACUCACUUCUGUAUUUUUUGGAGCCUGAAGGAAAGUAUCUUCUCUGCAGUUAAUAUAACAGUAAUGAAACAAUGUCAAUAUUUUAAUAUUUUACUGUGUUUUACAGAAAUUCACAUUAUCUCUCUCUCUGUGUAUAUCAAUUUUGUAUGCAUUACAACUAUUCCAUCCCUAAAGUAUCAGGUCAGUUUUGUUCCAUGUAAACACCAGUGAAACAAAGCAUUCUACUCCAAUAUGUAUUAAUCACUCUACUUCAGUUGCUUCCUGGGAAUAGCGGAUUAAUAAUGCCCUAAUUUAAUUAGCUUAUUUCAUGUGAAUUUGCUGGAAAACCAAAAGGGAAUGUGUUUAGUGUAUCUAAUAAAAGCUUUGCAAGCAGUUGGGAAAGCAACGGAGACAGAAACGAAAUUUCAGUAAGGCUUUUGGAAGGGUGCUUGCAGUUUUCCUUUUGGAUUUGACCAGGUAAUGGUUGCCGUGGUGCUGAAGAAACAGCCUACACAUGUUAACAGCCUGCACACAUUAACAAUAUCCAAAUACCAUCUUUAUGGUGGCUUUUCUCUUCAGUAUAAUUUUUAGAGGCAGAGCAAAGAAACUUAAAAGCAGGAGUUUAGAGUGAUUGGUUUGAUCUAAUAUGGAAAUUAGAUGUUAGGAGUAGUGGGGAAAUUAUAUACAUUCAAGUGGUCUGUAAACCCUUCUGGAGUAAUUACAAGGGUUGAUGUAGAAUAUUCAGAUAUUCUCAGUCAUAAUGUGAUUGCACCAAGUAGUGAAACUGUUAAAUUAUGUCGAUUGAAGAGAUUUUUUAAAUUGAUUUUAAAAGCUAUUGCCCCAAGUACAAUAAACAGCUAAACUAAAGUGGAGUUGAGAAAGGGGAGAGAGUUAUAACAUGCUGGAAGCUUAUGAGCUGUAGAAAUUGGUGCUUUGCUUUAUGUAAUUUUUCUGUGGAGUGUUUAUUUUUUAUAACAAAUCAUAAUGUUGGCACAUGAUUUUAUAAAAUAAAAGGAAAUUGAUUUCCAUGAUUUUAGGUAUUUCGGAAGUGAUAUUAGUACUUGUGGGGGUGACUUUUUCUUUUAAGUAGUUUCAUUGAAUUAGGCCCUGCCUGUGUGGCUUGGAUCCAGCUAUAGCUGAAAUCUGAUGACCUUUGCCCCCAUUGCAUUUGGAACAAACUACUUGUGGAAUUUGGGGGCUAAAUGGGAGUUGUGAAACUGGAUAGUGAAUCCCUGUUGUGUGUGUGAGAUAAUUGGUCAUGAGUGAUAUGUGCAAGGCAGAAGUUAGAAAGGUUCUUAAAACUUGGGUGCUCUAUAUAAUAAUUUGGGGGCCCAUAGUUUAACACAACCCAGGUAACUUGGGGAUUCUUUGUCUCCCCCCAACCCUCAUAUAGAUUCUCUGCUUCACUGGGUAGUUCACAUUUUGUUGUUCUCUACUACUCUCUUUUGUAACCCUGAAAACAGAUGCUUCUCUUCAAGUCUGUUAAAGCAUUCACUAAAUGAUCUUGAUUGUUGACCACUGUUGAAAAUAUCCAUUGCUCCACCUGCCCUUGUACAAAACUGUAGAGAAUGGAAUGGCUCCAUCAGUUUGAGCAUGUUUGGUGUGACUGCAAGGUAUCAUUCUGCACAUGCUUUGUAUAACUGGGGAGGGGAUUUUUUUAAUAGGGGUUUCAGGCAGAACAGUACACAAACUUGCUUAAGCCACAAUAAUAUGACAACCCCUUCAAGUAUUUGUGUGUGUGCGCGCGUGUGAGAGCGAGCGAGCGAGCAUGUGUGUAUGCAUGUUUGAAUGUCUGACAACUUAAUGUGUUUUAGAAAUUUGUGAAUUUUACUUUUCCUGCAGAAACACUUAUUACAAAAGUUGUAUAUAAGAGAAUUGCAUAAUUUGUUUACCGAGAACAUGUCACAGUAAAACCCUGAACUAAUUCUCAGAUAUAAAAAUACUCCCAAGUGAGGCAAGUGCCCUUAGCCUCACCUAGGAAUUGCUGAAAUGGAAUGCAGUAGAUGUUUGUCUUGGGUGUUCAGUACCCUGUUGGGCCCUGUGUCUCCUCUUGAUAUUUUCAUGAGUGGCCAUGGAAAGAGGCUGCUGACUAUAAUACUUGGCUUCUGCUAGUCACCUAUCUGAAGGAAUAUUGGUAAACAAGGUACCAUGGUCACCAGUCCUGAUAAUAACCAGUUGGGUUGUUAGUCCCUUGACAAUGAAAUCUGCAGCAUGGUACUGGGAAUUCAGUUUGAAUGUAACAUUAAUGCUUUAUUUAAAAAUGCAUUUUUAAAGGGGGGGUGAAGUGAACAUGAUGUUGUUGACCAUGUUCGUGAAUUAUAGAUGCAACAUACAUUGGUAGAAUUGUGUGAUGGUCUUUUGUGCUACUUAAUUUUACAUAUUCCAGUCUCUGUAUGUACUUGCAAUUAAAAAAAAAAUUAACAAUCCCUGCUUUGCUUUUUAUUGAAGGGUUCCCAGGAGUGCAUAUCUGCUCCUGAGCUCUGUUUUAAGUAUGUGUAUCCUUGGCUUGUAUUUUGUAUUAAAAGAGAACAUGGAAAGAACCCUUUAUUGUUCAGCAUGUUGGAAUUGUGUCCCUCUUGUUUUUUUCCCCCUCUUCAUCUUUUUUUGAAUAUAUUAAACAACUUAUUCUUCUGUAUCUUAUUUUCUUUUGUAAACUUUUUGGUUUUGUUUAAAAAUGGCUUUAUAAAAGGGCUUUUAU